AUGCUGGUCGGUGGCCUAUGCUCCACUGGGAGUAACAGGCGUAAAAAUAAAUUUUCAAUGGCUUAUUUUCACUUAAAACAACAGUUUCAAUCAACCGAAGGAAUUUGUCUGAAUCUCUUACAAUUGUUUAUUUAUUUAAACUUAUUUUGUUUAUGUCAAACAAUCUAUCCAGUUUAUUCAUUAAAUACAUUAAGAAGUAGUUAUCCAACUGUAGAUGAUGUUACUAAUACCGAUGAUAUAUGGUUAUUAAAUGAUCAAAAUAAAAAGAAAACUAUGGAUCGACUUCGUGAAUUUAAUCGAUACUUGAAUAGUAUUUUUCUACGUCAACAGUUUUAUCCUGAAGAAAAUGAGGAACCAUUUGAUCGUCGAAAAUUCUCUGUUCUAUCCAAUCAAAAUAAACGAGAUUAUUUAUUUUUACGUGGCUAA